GGGUGGUGGGGGGGCCAGAGCCACAGGAUGGCUUCCCCUCUGAGGGACGAGGAGGAGGAGGAGGAGGAGAUGGUGGUGUCGGAGGAGGAAGAAGAGGAGGAAGAAGAGGGCGACGAGGAGGAGGAGGAGGUGGAGGCGGCCGACGAGGACUACGAGGAGGACGACGACGACGGAGUGCUCGGGCGCGGGCCGGGCCACGACCGGGGCCGCGACCGCCACAGCCCCCCCGGCUGCCACCUCUUCCCGCCGCCGCCGCCGCCGCCGCCGCUGCCCCCGCCGCCGCCGCCGCCGCCGCCGCCCCCGCCGCCAGAUAAGGAUGACAUCCGGCUGCUACCUUCAGCAUUGGGUGUGAAGAAGAGAAAACGAGGACCCAAGAAGCAGAAGGAGAACAAGCCAGGAAAACCCCGAAAACGCAAGAAGCUUGACAGUGAGGAGGAAUUUGGCUCCGAGCGAGAUGAGUACCGAGAGAAGUCAGAGAGCGGAGGCAGCGAAUAUGGAACUGGACCAGGUCGGAAACGGAGGCGGAAGCACAGAGAGAAAAAGGAGAAGAAGACGAAGCGGCGGAAAAAGGGGGAGGGAGACGGGGGGCAAAAGCAGGUAGAACAGAAGUCAUCGGCGACUCUGCUUCUGACCUGGGGCCUAGAGGAUGUGGAACAUGUGUUCUCCGAGGAGGAUUACCACACGCUCACCAACUACAAAGCCUUCAGCCAGUUCAUGAGGCCCCUGAUCGCGAAGAAGAAUCCUAAGAUCCCGAUGUCUAAGAUGAUGACCAUCCUUGGGGCCAAGUGGAGAGAGUUCAGUGCCAACAACCCCUUCAAGGGGUCGGCGGCUGCUGUGGCGGCUGCGGCAGCCGCGGCGGCCGCGGCAGUGGCCGAGCAGGUGUCAGCUGCUGUGUCAUCGGCCACCCCCGUAGCACCUUCCGGACCCCCCACCCUCCCACCGCCUCCUGUCGAUGCCCAGCCCCCACCCAUCCGAAGAGCCAAAACCAAAGAGGGCAAAGGUCCGGGCCAUAAAAGGCGGAGUAAGAGCCCCCGAGUGCCUGAUGGGCGCAAGAAGCUUCGGGGAAAGAAGAUGGCACCACUCAAAAUCAAACUGGGGUUGUUGGGUGGCAAGAGGAAGAAGGGAGGCUCGUAUGUUUUGCAGAGUGAUGAGGGCCCUGAGCCAGAGGCCGAGGAGUCAGACCUGGACAGCGGCAGCGUCCACAGCGCCUCGGGCCGGCCCGACGGGCCUGUCCGCACCAAGAAGCUCAAGAGAGGCCGGCCAGGGCGGAAGAAGAGGAAGGUCCUGGGCUGUCCCGCAGUGGCCGGGGAGGAGGAGGUUGACGGCUAUGAGACAGAUCACCAGGAUUACUGCGAGGUGUGCCAGCAGGGCGGGGAAAUUAUUCUGUGUGACACCUGCCCUCGUGCCUACCACCUCGUCUGCCUUGACCCUGAGCUGGACCGGGCUCCCGAGGGCAAAUGGAGCUGCCCCCACUGCGAGAAGGAGGGGGUGCAGUGGGAGGCCAAGGAGGAGGAGGAGGAGUUCGAGGAGGAGGGAGAGGAGGAAGGCGAGAAGGAGGAGGAAGACGACCACAUGGAGUACUGCCGCGUGUGCAAGGACGGGGGCGAGCUCCUGUGCUGCGACGCGUGCAUCUCCUCCUACCACAUCCACUGUCUCAACCCGCCCCUGCCCGACAUCCCCAACGGGGAAUGGCUGUGUCCCCGAUGCACGUGCCCCGUGCUGAAAGGCCGCGUGCAGAAGAUCCUGCACUGGCGGUGGGGGGAGCCCCCCGUGUCUGUGCCAGCCCCCCAGCAGGCCGACGGGAACCCCGAUGCCCCACCACCCCGCCCUCUUCAAGGUCGAUCGGAGCGAGAGUUCUUUGUCAAGUGGGUAGGACUGUCCUACUGGCACUGCUCCUGGGCCAAGGAGCUUCAGUUGGAGAUCUUCCACUUGGUCAUGUACCGGAACUACCAGCGGAAGAACGACAUGGAUGAGCCCCCGCCCCUGGACUACGGUUCCGGCGAGGACGACGGGAAGAGUGACAAGCGCAAGGUGAAGGACCCGCACUACGCGGAGAUGGAGGAGAAGUACUAUCGCUUUGGCAUCAAGCCAGAGUGGAUGACCGUCCACCGCAUCAUCAACCACAGUGUGGAUAAAAAGGGGAAUUACCACUACCUAGUGAAAUGGAGGGACUUGCCCUACGACCAGUCCACGUGGGAGGAAGAUGAAAUGAACAUCCCCGAAUACGAAGAUCAUAAGCAGAGCUACUGGAGACACCGAGAACUGAUUAUGGGGGAGGACCCCGCCCAGCCCCGCAAGUACAAGAAGAAGAAGAAGGAGCUGCAGGGCGACGGGCCCCCCAGUUCUCCUACUAACGACCCCACGGUGAAAUACGAGACCCAGCCGCGGUUUAUCACGGCCACGGGAGGCACGCUGCACAUGUACCAGCUGGAGGGCUUGAACUGGCUGCGCUUCUCGUGGGCCCAGGGCACUGACACCAUCCUGGCUGACGAGAUGGGGCUGGGCAAGACCAUCCAGACCAUCGUCUUCCUCUACUCACUCUAUAAGGAGGGCCACACAAAGGGUCCCUUCCUGGUGAGUGCCCCCCUCUCUACUAUCAUUAACUGGGAGCGGGAGUUCCAGAUGUGGGCACCCAAGUUCUACGUGGUGACGUACACGGGUGACAAGGACAGCCGGGCCAUCAUCCGCGAGAACGAGUUUUCCUUCGAAGACAACGCCAUCAAAGGUGGCAAGAAAGCCUUUAAGAUGAAGAGGGAGGCCCAGGUGAAGUUCCACGUUCUCCUGACAUCGUAUGAGCUGAUCACCAUCGAUCAGGCAGCACUCGGCUCCAUCCGCUGGGCCUGCCUCGUGGUGGAUGAAGCCCAUCGGCUCAAGAAUAACCAGUCCAAGUUUUUCAGGGUCCUCAAUGGCUACAAGAUAGAUCAUAAGCUGCUGCUGACAGGGACUCCGUUGCAGAAUAAUCUGGAGGAGCUCUUCCACCUGCUGAACUUCCUCACCCCGGAGAGGUUUAACAACCUGGAAGGCUUCCUGGAGGAGUUUGCUGACAUAUCCAAAGAAGACCAGAUUAAGAAACUGCACGAUUUGCUGGGGCCGCACAUGCUGCGGAGGCUCAAGGCUGAUGUCUUCAAGAACAUGCCAGCCAAGACAGAGCUCAUCGUUCGGGUGGAGCUGAGCCCCAUGCAGAAGAAAUACUACAAGUACAUCCUGACUCGGAACUUCGAGGCCUUGAAUUCGCGAGGUGGCGGGAACCAGGUGUCUCUGCUCAACAUCAUGAUGGAUCUGAAGAAGUGUUGUAACCACCCCUACCUCUUCCCCGUGGCUGCUAUGGAGUCCCCCAAACUCCCCAGUGGGGCCUACGAGGGCGGGGCGCUUAUUAAAGCAUCUGGCAAGCUCAUGCUCCUGCAGAAGAUGCUACGCAAGCUGAAGGAGCAGGGACACAGAGUUCUCAUCUUCUCGCAGAUGACCAAGAUGUUGGACCUGCUAGAGGACUUUUUAGACUACGAAGGUUACAAGUACGAGCGUAUUGAUGGAGGUAUCACGGGCGCCCUGAGGCAGGAGGCCAUCGAUCGGUUCAACGCUCCCGGGGCCCAGCAGUUCUGCUUCCUGCUGUCCACCCGAGCCGGGGGCCUGGGCAUCAAUCUGGCCACUGCCGACACGGUCAUCAUCUUUGAUUCUGACUGGAACCCCCAUAACGACAUCCAGGCCUUCAGCCGCGCUCACCGCAUCGGCCAGGCCAACAAGGUGAUGAUUUACCGGUUUGUGACUCGCGCGUCCGUGGAAGAGCGAAUCACGCAAGUGGCCAAGAGGAAGAUGAUGCUGACGCACCUGGUGGUCCGGCCCGGGCUGGGCUCCAAGGCGGGCUCCAUGUCCAAGCAGGAGCUGGAUGACAUCCUCAAAUUCGGCACCGAGGAGCUGUUCAAGGACGAGAACGAGGGGGAGAACAAAGAGGAAGACAGCAGCGUGAUUCACUACGACAACGAGGCCAUCGCGCGGCUGUUGGACCGGAACCAGGACGCGACGGAGGACACGGACGUACAGAACAUGAACGAGUACCUCAGCUCCUUCAAGGUGGCCCAGUACGUGGUGCGGGAGGAAGACAAGAUCGAGGAGAUCGAGCGGGAGAUCAUCAAGCAGGAGGAGAACGUGGACCCCGACUACUGGGAGAAGCUGCUGAGGCACCACUACGAGCAGCAGCAGGAAGACCUGGCCCGCAAUCUGGGCAAGGGCAAGCGGGUUCGCAAGCAGGUCAACUACAACGAUGCUGCUCAGGAGGACCAGGACAACCAGUCUGAAUACUCAGUGGGAUCAGAGGAGGAAGACGAAGACUUUGAUGAGCGUCCAGAAGGGCGUCGACAGUCAAAGAGGCAGCUCCGGAACGAGAAGGAUAAGCCGCUGCCUCCGCUGCUGGCUCGAGUUGGAGGCAACAUUGAGGUGCUAGGAUUCAACACCCGGCAGCGGAAGGCCUUCCUCAACGCCGUGAUGCGCUGGGGGAUGCCGCCGCAGGACGCCUUCACCACUCAGUGGCUGGUGCGCGACCUGAGGGGCAAGACAGAGAAGGAGUUCAAGGCCUAUGUGUCUCUGUUCAUGCGCCACCUCUGUGAGCCUGGGGCGGAUGGCUCGGAAACCUUUGCUGACGGUGUCCCUCGGGAGGGCCUGAGUCGCCAGCAAGUGCUGACCCGAAUUGGAGUGAUGUCUCUCGUCAAGAAGAAGGUACAGGAAUUUGAGCACAUCAAUGGGCGCUGGUCGAUGCCCGAGCUGAUGCCCGACCCCAGUGCCGACUCUAAGCGCUCCUCCAGAGCCUCCUCUCCUACCAAAACGUCUCCCACCACCCCUGAGGCUUCUGCUACGAAUAGUCCUUGUACUUCUAAGCCUGCUACUCCAGCUCCAAGUGAGAAAGGAGAUGGUGUGAGGACACCUCUUGAAAAGGAUGAAGCGGAAAACCAGGAGGAGAAGCCUGAGAAGAACAGCAAAACCGGGGAGAAGGCGGAGACCGAGGCCGAUGUCCCUAGCCCAGCCCCAUCGCUUGGGGAGCGGCUGGAGCCAAGGAAGAUUCCUCUAGAGGAGGAGGUGCCAGGAGUCCCUGGAGAAAUGGACCCUGAACCUGGGUACCGGGGGGACAGAGAGAAGUCAGCCACAGAGUCGACGCCAGGAGAGAGGGGGGAGGAGAAGCCGUUGGAUGGACAGGAGCACAGGGAGAGGCCGGAGGGGGAAGCAGGGGAUUUGGGCAAGAGAGCAGAAGACACGAGAGGGGAGCGGGAGCUGCGGCCGGGGCCUCCCCGGGACGAGCCGCGGCCCAACGGGCGGCGCGAGGAGAAGGCGGAGAAGCCGCGGUUCAUGUUCAAUAUCGCAGACGGAGGCUUCACAGAGCUUCACACGCUGUGGCAGAAUGAGGAACGGGCAGCCAUUUCCUCGGGGAAACUCAAUGAGAUCUGGCACCGAAGACAUGACUAUUGGCUUCUGGCCGGGAUUGUCCUCCAUGGCUACGCCCGGUGGCAGGACAUCCAGAAUGACGCUCAGUUUGCCAUCAUCAAUGAGCCGUUUAAAACUGAAGCCAAUAAGGGGAACUUUCUGGAGAUGAAAAAUAAGUUCCUGGCCCGGAGAUUCAAGCUCCUGGAGCAGGCGCUGGUGAUCGAGGAGCAGCUUCGGCGGGCGGCCUACCUGAACCUAUCGCAGGAGCCGGCGCACCCCGCCAUGGCCCUCCACGCCCGCUUCGCCGAGGCCGAGUGCCUGGCCGAGAGCCACCAGCACCUCUCCAAGGAGUCGCUGGCGGGGAACAAGCCGGCCAACGCCGUCCUGCACAAGGGUAAGGGCCGCGGCGGCCCCGCGCGGGGGAGGGCCCACAACGCUGCUUCUGAACCAGCUGGAGGAGUUGCUGAGCGACAUGAAGGCGGACGUGACCCGCCUGCCGGCCACGCUGUCCCGAAUACCCCCCAUCGCAGCCCGCCUGCAGAUGUCCGAGCGCAGCAUCCUCAGCCGGCUGGCCAGCAAGGGCACGGAGCCUCACCCCACACCGGCCUUCCCUCCGGGGCCCUACGCUACGCCUCCGGGGUACGGGGCGGCCUUCAGCGCCGCCCCCGCCGGGGCCCUGGCCGCCGCAGGCGCCAACUACAGCCAGAUGCCAGCAGGCUCCUUCGUCACAGCCACCACCAACGGCCCUCCAGUGCUGGUGAAGAAGGAGAAGGAAAUGGUGGGGGCACUGGUGUCAGACGGGCUGGAUCGGAAGGAGCCCCGAGCCGGGGAGGUGAUCUGUAUAGACGACUGACCGGAUCGCAGGCCUGCGCGUCACCCAGGUCCCGUGCCCGAGGCCGACCCCCAGCUCAGGCUCUGGGACCGGCUGCCAAUCCUCCACCUUCCCCACCCCUUGGGCCGCCUCUGGGCUAGGAGCCACUCUGCCCCUCUCUGCGACUCCUCUCUUCAGGAAGGGCCCUUUGUCUGUCUCCACUCCCGUGCACCUUUCCCACCGCGCUUUGAAGACCGUGCUGGCGAGAAGAGGUCUGGGUGGGAGGCGGUGAAGCAGGGUCUUCCAAGUAUCUUCAUCCCCCACCGAACGUACACAGCUUCCCGAGGAGUGGUUGGGGGGGCGGAAAGAGGUGGAGCCUCCCGUCUUCACUCCUGCAAUACAAGCUCCAUCCACAGAAGUGGGGGGAUUAGCCUCACCUGGCCUUUAGGAACUGUGGUGGGGAGAAGAGCUUGCAAGAGAGGAGGGGGACUUCAGAGAGGGAGGAAGGGAAGAGGAGGGGGGGCUGCAUGUUUCCUUCCCCUACCUCUCCCCAAAAGGAGGGUGGAGCAGUUACAAGGGAGGGAGUCGAUUGCUGUUCAGCCUCAGAAUAAAGGCGCCGCUCACUGGCUCAGUUACCUCCUGCGUACCGGCAUCUUGUGUUGGGGGGGCCUUCUCCUCUCCCUAGGGACCAGGGACCUCCCCCCCCCACACACACACACACAAAGAGAGUGAUGGUUGGGCGAUACUCCCUCAAGCCAAAGAGGAGCUCCCCAAUCUGUUCUAGGGACCCGGGUCACCUAGAAAGGGUGGGAGAAAAUGCUACAGGCCAGAAGUGGGGGAGCCCCCAGACCCGGGGCUCAGGUUCUUGGAGUACUUCUACCCUCCCUCCUGAAGGCCUAGAUACGGACUGAAUUUGAGUGGAUCAGGCAGGGGGUGUAGUCGGGGGGCUGCCUUGCCUUUGGGACCAGAACAAAAUAGUGGAGGGCAGGCUGGGGAGACACGGGCAUGUCUUCCUCCCCAGGAAGGGCCGGGGAGAGUGGCAGUUUGCAUGGCGAACCCCCCACUUCCUCUUCGCUGCCCCUUCACUUUCUCGCUGCCCCUUUCCCAGGCUCUUCACACCCACUCCUGGGCUGUCCCAACCCCCUCUUCUGUAUCAGGUGUAUUGGUUGUACAUAUAAAUUAUACUUUCCUUUC